AUGCGCUACCAGGCUGAGCUUGGGGAUGUUGAUUUCAUCACAGGCGAUUACCUUGCUGAAGUCAACAUAGCCGAGAACGCACAUGCACAUACCGCUGGUACACACCCUGGGUGGGAGCAGACAGCUUGGGAUGGCAUUGAGCAGACAAUUGAACUAUUGGCUGAGAAGAGGAUCAAAGUCGUCAUCAAUGGCGGGGCGCUUAAUCCGCGAGGACUGGCAGAGAAGGUGCAGGAAUUGGUCACGGGUAAAGGUCUGGAUCUGAAAGUUGCGUUUGUGCUUGGAGAUAAUCUGAUCGAGGAGAUGAGUAAUGUUCGUGAGAAAGGAUUGCCGCCGCAUUUCGAUUCUGACAAUAGCGAUGUUACUGUUGCAGAGCACACGCUUGAUUUGCUGGAGAAGAGCGAUAAACCUAUCGUCAGUGCAAAUGCGUACCUUGGUGCUCGCGAGAUUGUCAAAGGUCUCGAGUAUGGUGCGGAUAUUGUCAUCGCGGGACGGGUUGCAGAUGCCAGUCCAGUAAUUGGCGUAGCGUGGUACUGGUACGGUUGGAGUGACACAGAUUAUGACCAACUUGCCGGAGCGCUUAUUGCUGGCCAUCUGAUCGAGUGCAGUGGCUACGUGACUGGAUCGAACUUCGCCGGAUUUUACGAAUAUUCAUUUGAGGAUUUGUUCGACAUCACCUUUGGCAUUGCUGAAAUCGAGAAAGACGGGACCUGUGUUAUUACGAAGCAUGAUGCAAAGAAAGGAUUCGUGACCGAAGAUACUGUCAAAUGUCAGUUUCUGUAUGAAUUACAAGGCAACACAUAUCUCAACAGCGACGUUAAGGCUAUACUCGACAGUGUGGAAGUCAAGGCCGAGGGAAAGAACCGCGUCCGGGUUUGGGGCAUCAAGGGCGCCCCACCGCCCCCCACAACAAAGCUGGCCAUCUUCUACCGCGCAGGCUAUCAGAGCGAGAUCGUCGUAAACGCAACUGGAUAUGGUACUGCUGAGAAGCUUGACCUGUACGAGCGAAUGCUCAAGUUUGGUCUUAAACGUCUCGGCAUUCUGGACAACUUCGAUGUCUUGGAGUUUCAGCGCAUCGGCGUGCCUGAGUCGAACCCAAGAAGCCAGCUAAGGUCGACAACGUACCUGCGCAUCUUUGCUGAGGCGAGUGAUGCGAACGUGAACCUCGGGCUAGCUAGUCUACUUGGCGAGUUUGCGAUGCAGCAUUAUUCAGGCUUCCAUAGUACGUCAGACUAUCGGACAGCGAUGCCUAGGCCGUACAUUUCCUACUACCCGGCGAUUUACCCUCAGUCUUCUUUGAAGACUUCGGUCAACAUCUUGCAACCCAGCGCGCCCGCCGGAGCUGAAAUAAAGAGCAUGCCUACUACACCGCCACCACGGUUCGAGGACUUAAGUAAGCGAGAUAGUUACGAAACCCACAGUCCUGUCGGGUUUUCGUCCUUCGGCCAAACUACACGCGCAAAGCUUGGAGAUGUUGUUCUCGCACGCAGCGGCGACAAAGGUGGCAAUGCAAACAUCGGCUUCUUCAUUCCAUCUCAGCUGCCUUCAGCUUACCCUGCCGAGUCACCUCUAUACGCUGAGUCGUGGGACUGGUUGCGCACGUAUCUUACGAUACCGAAGCUGAAGGAUAUGUUUGGCGAAAGCUGGAGUGACAAGUUCCACAUUGAACGAGUCGAAUUUCCGAAAAUCAUGGCGGUGCAUUUCGUCGUAUAUGGAGUGCUUGGAAGAGGUGUGAGUGGAAGUAGUAGGCUCGACUCGUUGGCGAAGGGCAUGGGCGAUUGGCUCCGGGAUAUCGUCGUCGAUGUGCCGGUCAAACUUCUGGAAGGUCGGAAGAAGAUACAAGACGCGAACUCGGUAAACGGCUCAAGGCUGUAG